GUCUGAUUUGGGUGUGAAAUUGUACAAAACAAACUUAAAAGGCGAAUUUGACAAAUAGAAAAAAGAACUGGAAAGGACCGAUUUCGAAAAAUCUUGUCAUUCUAGAGACUUUCAAUAACGGGAAGACGUAGCAUUCUUGCUAUCCAUCAGUUUCUUCUUCCUUGUUGUUGAUCAUCAUGUGAUUCCAUUUACGAGUUCAAUCUCUCCAUGAAAAAUCUAGUCUCUUUUCAAACGGAGAAGAAGAAGAAGAAGAAUCCAUCCAUUUUAACUAUCUAAAUUGAUCUCCUUUAAUCACAUUUUCUUUUGAUUUCUACAAGUGAAAAUGUUGACUAGAGCCAUCGGACGAGUUCGAAUUCCUGUGUCGAGGAUUCAGGGAUCGAAUUGUACGAGUGGGCUUUUAAAAGAUUCGAAAUUGGGUCCGAUUGGUGUUUGCUGUAGCAGAUGGGUAUCGAGCGAGAGCGGGAAACGAUUUGCGGCGAUGUGGGGAAGUGGAGAUUACGGCAGAUUAGGGCUCGGAAACUUGGAUUCUCAGUGGACACCUGCCGUUUGCUCUGCCUUGAGUGAUCACAGUAUCACAGCUGUCGCUUGCGGCGGAGCUCACACUCUGUUUCUCACCGAAACGAGGAGAGUCUUUGCAACGGGUCUUAAUGAUUGUGGUCAACUUGGCGUAUCAGAUGUUAAAAGUCAUGCUAUGGAUCCGCUUGAAGUUUCUGGACUAGAUAAGGAUAUUCUGCACAUUUCAGCUGGUUAUUAUCACUCCGCUGCUAUUACAGUUGAUGGAGAACUCUACAUGUGGGGAAAGAACUCAAGUGGACAGCUUGGACUGGGAAAAAAGGCUGCAAGAGUGGUACGUGUACCAACUAAAGUGGAAGCUCUGCAUGGCAUCACCAUACAAUCCGUGGCUUUGGGUUCAGAGCAUUCAGUUGCUGUUACUGAUGGAGGUGAAGUCCUGAGUUGGGGAGGAGGGGGCUCUGGAAGACUUGGCCACGGUCACCAGUCCAGUCUUUUUGGCAUCUUAAGAAGUAACAGUGAGUUUACUCCAAGGCUUAUCAAGGAACUUGAGGGGAUCAAGGUCACAAAUGUUGCUGCUGGUCUGCUGCAUUCAGCAUGCACUGAUGAGAAUGGCUCUGCUUUCAUGUUCGGAGAGAAAUCUAUAAACAAGAUGGGCUUUGGAGGAGUAAGAAAUGCCACAACACCAUCGAUUAUCAGUGAAGUACCAUAUGCAGAAGAAGUUGCAUGUGGUGGCUACCACACAUGUGUAGUUACAAGAGGUGGGGAGCUUUACACCUGGGGCUCAAACGAAAAUGGGUGCCUUGGAACAGAGUAAGUUACAUACCCCGAAAAAAUAGAAUGUUUCCCCAUAAGAUGAAAACAAGGUUCUUGAACUGUACCUAUACUCUUAUUUCAAAAAAUUCAGUUCAACGUAUGUCUCACACUCCCCUGUGAGAGUUGAAGGUCCUUUCUUGGAGUCUACUGUAUCUCAGGUAUCUUGUGGGUGGAAGCACACUGCAGCUAUUUCAGAUAACAAUGUCUUCACCUGGGGCUGGGGAGGAUCUCACGGCACAUUCUCUGUUGAUGGACAUUCCUCUGGUGGACAAUUGGGCCAUGGUAGUGAUGUAGACUAUGCAAGACCAGCAAUGGUGGACUUGGGAAAGAAUGUAAGAGCAGUGCAUAUAUCUUGUGGCUUCAAUCAUACAGCAGCAGUUCUUGAACAUUUUUGAAGACUCGGUCUCAAGUUAAUAUCAUAUACAGAUGUUUAGUUUAUUCUUGCUUAAACAUCUAUAGACUAAAAAAAUAAUAAGAAAUUUACACUAUUGAAUAGCGAUCAAUUACACCAUUGGUUCUAACUUGAACAAUUUAGUAAAUAGGUGGAAUAUUCUUGUCGUGUAAAUUAUUGAUUUUAUUUAUUUAUUUUUGAAAACUAC